GAGAGCAGUUGUAAGACAGGUCGCCCUCGCUCUCUCGCACAGUGAGGGGCACUUCCCUGCAUGAGAGCAAGCUGGAACCGCUCGGAUCUUUCUCGUCAUCCUUUUGAUUUUCUUUUUUUUUUUCCUUUUUUGAUUUUGUUUUUUAUACACGCAUAUUUUUCUUCCGCAACCGUCAUUCAGUGUCUGGAUGGCGUGGGACAGGUGCAACCAGGACGCGGUGUGGAGAGAACUAGAGUGUGCUGCCUUGGUUGGGGAAGACCAGCCCCUUUGCCCUGACUUGCCCGAACUGGACCUCUCCGAACUGGACGUCAGCGACCUGGAUGCGGAUAGCUUUCUGGGUGGACUCAAGUGGUACAGCGACCAAUCAGAAAUCAUUUCCAGCCAGUAUGGCAAUGAGUCGUCCAAUCUGUUCGAGAAGAUAGAUGAGGAAAAUGAGGCCAACUUGCUGGCAGUGCUCACAGAAACCCUGGACAGUAUCCCGGUGGACGAGGACGGAUUGCCUUCGUUCGAGGCCCUGGCAGAUGGGGACGUGACCAACGCCAGCGAUCAGAGCUGUCCCUCCACCCCUGAUGGCUCGCCACGCACCCCAGAGCCAGAGGAGCCCUCCCUGCUAAAGAAGCUCCUCUUGGCUCCCCCUAAUUCCCAACUCAGCUAUAAUCAAUACCCAGGUGGCAAGGCACAGAACCAUGCAGCCAGCAACCACAGGAUCAGACCAACACCUGCUGUUACCAAGACGGAAAACCCCUGGAACAGCAAACAAAGAGGCGUCUGUCCCCAGCCAAGCCGGCUGGUGAGACGCCCUUGCACGGAGCUGCUCAAGUACCUCACCGCCACUGAUGAUGCCUUCCAGACAAGAGCCAGUGAAGCCAAGAGCACCUGGUCAGGCUGCGGCAAGGACAGGGGUGGGCCUGGUACCUCGUCCUGUUCGUCCUCUUCUUCUCCGUCCUCCUCAUCCACAUCCUCCUUCUCCUCCCUGUCCUCCUGCUCCUCCUCUACAGCCUCAAAGAAGAAGACCUCCUCUGCCUCCCUGUCAUCACAACAACAGCAGCAGCAGCAGCAGCAGCAGCAGCAGCUGGCAGCGCAGGCCCAGAGAGCCAAACCAACCACCUUGCCACUUCCUUUGACCCCAGAGUCUCCAAAUGACCACAAAGGAUCUCCAUUUGAGAACAAGACCAUUGAACGCACAUUGAGUGUGGAGAUCUCUGGAACCCCAGGUCUGACACCACCUACCACGCCUCCUCACAAAGCCAGUCAAGAGAACCCUUUCAAAGUAUCACUCAAAACCAAGCUGUCUUCAUGCUCUUCUUCAGCCCUGACGAGCAAGAGGGCCAAGCUGAGCAAUGGAGGCCCAUGCCCUCAGCCAUCCAGUGGCUCCAGCAGGAAGGGCCCAGAGCAGACUGAGCUUUAUGCCCAGCUGAGCAAGGCAUCCUCUGCCUUGCCUCUGGGAGGCUCAGAGGAGCGCCGGGGCAAGCGGCCCACGCCCCGUGUCUUUGGUGAUCAUGACUAUUGCCAGUCUGCCAGCACAAAACGAGAUGGCAGCACCAUAGCUGCCUCACUAACUGGGCCGGUGGAGGGCCGGCAUGUAGAAUGUAAAGACUCAGCCAUGCCGUCCUCUUCUACUCCUACAUCCUUUUCGUCUUCCGUCUCCCCCUCGUCUUCCUCUCUGGCCAGGCAGCUGCAGGGCCUUCCCCCCACCGUUCAGGAGGCUUCUCCAGAUAAGGAGGCUCAGGGGCAGGACCACAACCCCACUUUGGGUGCCAAAACUUCAGCAGAGAGCAACUCUGCUGGCAGGAAGCUGCUUCGAGACCAGGAGAUACGGGAUGAGCUCAAUAAGCACUUUGGUAACCCCCAGCAAGCUUUCUUCAAUGAGGCUGAGCAGACAGGAUCCCAGCCACUAGAUGAAAGUGACUCCGGGGAUGAAAACUAUUACCCUUUUGGGAGCUACAUGCACACGGGUUUGCCUGACUUUGAGGAUCUGGAGGUGGGCCGCGAGCGUCUUCUCUGUUCGUGGGAAGGGACUCCGCUGGAGCUUCUCUUUGAACGCUCACCCUCUUGCUCCCCAUCCAGUAGCUCGCCCUCCCGGAGCUCGGUCUCGCCACCCUCAACUCUGCUCUCUCCACGGCACUUCAGGUGGCCCCAGUCUGGGUCACGCUCCAGGUCCCGCUCCAGGUCUUCCUCACACCACAGACGUAGAUCCCUCUCUAGGUCUCCUUACUCCUGUUCCCAGUCCCCGGACAGCCGCUCCCCCUCUUGGUCUCGUCACACUGUUGACAACAGCACUUUCAAAUCCAGGACUCGCAGAAGCCCUCAGUCCCAAUCUCAUUCUACUCUCGGUCGGAGGCCUAGGUACAACAGCUAUGAAGAAUACCAGCAUGAGCAGCUGAAGAGGGAGGAGUAUCAGCGGGACUAUGAAAAACGGGAGGGUGAGAGGGCUGAACAGAGGGAGCGGCAACGACAAAAAGCAAUAGAGGAGAGGCGGGUGUUGUACGUGGGACGUCUUCGCGCCGACAGCACACGCUCUGAGCUCAAGCGCCGCUUUGAAGUCUUCGGCGAGAUCGAGGAGUGCGCCAUCAACUUGAGACAUGACGGGGACAAUUUUGGCUUUAUCACCUACCGCUACACUUGUGAUGCCUUUGCUGCCCUUGAGAAUGGACACACCUUGCGCAGGUCGAAUGAGCCUCAGUUUGAGCUCUGCUUCGGUGGACAAAAGCAGUUCUUCAAAUCGAAUUACACAGACUUGGACUCCCAUUCUGACGACUUUGAUCCAGCUUCCACUAAAAGCAAGUAUGACUCUAUGGAUUUUGACAGCUUGUUGCGUGAGGCCCAGUGCAGCCUGAGAAGGUAACGAGCUCCAACAGACCUGCUGGCUACAAAGAGAGGGAUUUGUGAUACCUCACUGUUGUUUCAGUCCUCUGAAUUUGAGACUACUAGAAGUUUUACACUCAGUGUAAAAGGAAAGUCUAUAUAAAGAGGGAAAUAAAUAAAUAUAUAAAUAUGUAGAGAGAUAAAUAUAUAUAUAAAUACAUAUAUAUAUAUAUAUAUAUAUAUAUAUAUAUAUAUAUAUAUAUAUAUAUCUCAAAGCAAAGUUUACAUGAACAUAGCUGCUGCAAAGCUGAGGUGAGACUUUACCUGUGGGGAUAGCCAAUGAACCUUUAGAGGAGUGCACAGAUGUGCGUGUGCUGUGCUGCUGUAUGAGACAGUGAUCUCCGCACGAAUUUUCUCCAUGCACUGCUCCAAUCUCAGCGCUUUGAGGAGUGAAAACGUGCAGCCUGUUCAGUCUGUUUUUAUUUUAUUAUGAUUUUUUUGGCCUUUUUUUAUUUAACCUGGUAUUUGGAUGUGGUGUUACAAUAUUGUUAAGAGUAUGGGAUUAAUAUCUUGGGUGUUCAAGAUAAUAUUGUCUACAUUUUGGGGAAAAUAAUGUAGUCAGAUAUUUACAGAUAUUAUUAAAUGGAAUAUUUUUAUUUUGUGUACAUAUCAAGGCAAAGUUCUUUAUUUGUUACAGCUAUGCACUGUAAAAUGCAGCCUUUUUAAGAUGAAAUUUUCUUAAUUGAGAAUGUCGAUCUGUGGUCAUUACAAUGAUGUAUAACCAACAUGGCGGUUAGGUGACGUGAUAUGAUUGUAAAAAUUUGUAUGGAGAUUGGUUGCUCUUGGGGGGAGCAUGUGAACAGAUUUUUUUUGGUUGUUAUGUUUUUUAAAGUUUUUUUUGUUUGUUUUAAAAUUUUAUGUCAUGUAUGGUUUCGUUUGAUUUUAAACUCUCAGUGUUUUUCUUACACAGCCUAUGUAUAUUUUAAUGUUUUUAUCUCCAUGACUGUAUAAAACAAUAGCCCAAGACUUUUGAAGGAAUCAAUAAGCUUUUAAUUUAUUUCUCUGUGCACACCAAUCAUUUUUAUUGUUGCUAUUUUGGAACUUCACUUUCACUAAGAGAUGAUUGCUCUUCCUCAAACGCAGAGAAACUCGUACUCAUUUUUCAUGAGGAAAAGAUGUAUUUAUUUCAGUAUUCUGAUCAAAAUAUUUAUAGUUGCCAUCUAUUAUGAUGUGCAAUACAAAUUGUGCUAUUUAUAUUGUUAUUUGAUUUGUUAUUUAACAUUUGCUGAGAAAGAUGUACAAUAUUCUGUUGAAAUAUCAUCUAUUUUCUAUGCCUUUCAGAAACAAAAAAACAGUUUAUGUGAUCACCUCUAGGCACAUAAUGAACUCUGCUGUCCUACAGUGAUGAUUUCUUAACGAAAAAAGUGAUUACUUUGUCAGGUGGUUUGCAGCCGUAUCAGAUCAUCAUCCCCUGUUUUGUUUUCUACAACACAUAAAGCAAUAAACUCAUUUUGCGGGUAUUUUAUCAUCCCACAAUCUGUCUCGUUGCUCCUCACACGCUUGGUUAUGUGAAUGCCAAACUGAAGUUUACAGUUUCCUUUCCUGAAUUUUUUAAAAAAUCUUGUAUUUGAUGUGUAAAAAACUAUAUAUAAUACUAAUCUUCACAUUAUUCACAAUAAUUAUAAAAAAAUAAUAGUAAUAAUGAAAGACAAAAACAUGUAUAAAAAAGGUAAAAAUAAAAAGCAAUAAAUUAUUUUUCGAAGUUGUAUUUUAGCUCAUGUUGUUGUAUGGUUUGACCUGACCUGGUACCCAGACUCUGUCUAAACAUGGGGGACUCAUUCCAGUGUCUUAGUACAUGUCAUCACACUGAGAAAAUACUUUUAUCAUUUGCUCCUGUGUAUGUGCUGUACAUUCGAGUUUGGAUAUGUGUGUCUUUUUGAAGAACUAAAGAGAAACAUAUCACAUUACUAUUGACCUAUGGGUAAACCGAAAAAGAACAACUCCGUUUCCCAUACUUCUUGUCCACUUUAAGUAAAGCCAUUGGUAUUGGUAGAUUACAGUUUCUCUUUGAAUGUCACACUAAAAAAGAACAGGCUUUGUUUUUAUACAUUUUCAGUAACCCAAUAUAACAUCAGAGAAACUGUGAGGCUGCCCAGAAAUCACACUACCUUCCAAGUGACACUUAAGGUAACCUUGUGGUUUCUAGUCCAAUUAAUGUCCAAUUUACAGCGAGAGUAAUAAGAAAGCCAGUCUCUUUUCAAACGAGCCCAAGAUCUUUUGUAUUAAUCUCAACAGACCACACAACACCUUUCAUGAAGUAUGAUUGUGUAGAUGAGACUGCAUCUGCAAAAAGAGGCAAUAUCAGAAGGGAGAGAAAACCCUUCUUUCUUUGUUCUUUCUGUAGUGUUUUCUUUCUGCACAGAGCUUGGGUAAUGGUGUCAUGUCCCAUUUGAUAUGUGGCUUUAAUCAUUGUGAUAUAAAAAAAUGCUUUGUAAAUUGCUAGAGUAGCAAUAUAUUACAAUCCCCAGCGGGGUUUUUUUUCAACUGUGUGGCAGAGUUUUUACUAAUGUGAACUACUGAGGGAUUUGCCACUGCUGUAGACAUUUGUAUGUGGAUGAUCAUAUUUUGUUUGGAAGGAAAAGAUGUGUGUUUGUGUGUAUGUAUGAAUGAGAGCACAUGUGAGUGGUUAUAGUGAUUAUAUGGAUGGGGGGAGGUGUGGGAGGGGGUUGUUCGUUGUUACCUUCCUUUUUUUUGUCUCCUAUCCAUGUUGCCUUCUGCUGAGUCCUUACCAAUGCCUUUGUGGUUCUACCUAUUGUACUAUCUUUCUUGUGAAUUUUAUUUUUUAUGUGCAAUUCUCAUCAGCCUCACCAUGCCAAUAAAGGGAAAUGUGUUUCAAAGAAACGCACUGGAUA